GCACAAUUGACAAUUGACAGUUGAAUUUGUAUUGUCAUUCAAUUUGAGUUUUGUGUUGUACGAGAUGGCUUUAUUACACGCGGAAAACCGUCCCCAUUACCCCGACUACGCCACAGCCCCCACUCAGCACCACUUUAGCCCCUAUGCCGACAACGGCGGGAGUGUGGUUGCGAUCGCCGGUGACGACUUCGUGAUAAUCGGGGCUGAUACCCGUCUCAGUGCAGGUUUCUCCAUCUACACUCGAGACCAAAACAAGUUGUUCCGAUUAUCGGACACCACAGUAUUGGGGUGUUCAGGUUGUUGGUGCGACACUCUCACUCUGACUCGUAUUUUGAGCGCUCGUAUGCAGAUGUACCAACAGGAGCACAACAAAACCAUGGCCACGCCGGCUUGUGCCCAAAUGUUGUCAACAAUGCUGUACUACAAGAGGUUUUUCCCCUAUUACAUUUCUAAUAUUCUUGUGGGGCUGGAUAAUGAAGGGAAAGGGUGUAUUUAUAGCUACGACCCGAUUGGGCAUUGCGAGAAGACUACGUACAGGGCGGGGGGCUCCGCAGGGGCGCUUUUACAACCCCUGUUAGAUAACCAAAUCGGGUUGAAAAACAUGCAAAAUGUCAAGGAGGCUAAAUUGACAUUAGAGAAGGCGACUGCGAUCAUCAAAGACGUGUUUAUUUCAGCCGCUGAAAGGGAUAUUUUCACGGGGGAUAGUAUUUUGAUUAAUGUCAUCACCAAGGAGGGUAUCAAAGAAGACAGUUUUCAAUUGAGGAAAGAUUAAUUGUCUUGUGUGGUAAUAAAUCAGUGUUUGGUA